AUGCUUCUCCCCUAUCUAUUCUUCUUUCUAAGCCCAUGUUGGGCUCAAAAUCUAACCGACAUGAUUGCUCAGAAUCCGCUUCUGGCCAAAAUGUCAAUGUUCCAAGAAUAUUCAGAAAACUCCACAAUUCCAUUACCGUCCACGCCAGAUGACCAAGAAGAAGAAGAAGAGGAUUUUGUAAGGAGAUUGAGCUCCAAACGUUCCUCUACCCGGGAAACCGUAUCCAACAACUUUGAUGAGAGGUACAAGCAAAUGAAUGCGUCACUUUUUGAUUCGGCAGAUCCAGAGGUUGAGGAUCUGGACUACCGUACCACUUCGGAUGACGUGGACCUUCAGAAGACGUUGGAAUCUGAAGAAUCCUCUUCUUCUUCUCCAUUUUCUGCUAGCCAAUCACUAUUUGAUACUCCAAUUGGGAUGUCUUCAACGCUAGCGUCUUCAACUGCAGAAGUGACGUUACCUGAAUUCUCCAGGAGUUCUUCUCCUUCUUUUUCUUCUUCUUCUCCAUAUUUCAUUGCCUUUCCCAAAGCCUCCACGUCUUCUUUUGUGUCCUCCACCACUAAUAUGCAAUCUUCCUCUUCUUUCCCAAUUCUAGAAGACGUGACGUCUUCUGAACUCUCAGAAUUCCCAGAAUCCACACCGAUAAUCUUAUCCCAAACGACUUCUGAAGACGAGGAACGAUUUUUCAUGGAACCUGAAGAAUUGGUAGAGGACAAUGAUGUAGAAGACAUCUCGACGUCUUCUGGAGACUUGACGACUUCUAAGAUGCCAACGUCUUCAUUCCAAGGGACCAGUUUAGUUCAGCUACAGGAGCUUCCUGACGAGUUCAUUGAAAAUCAUCAAAAUCAGAGAAAUCUGGAGAAGAGGAAGGAUGAGAACGAGGUUACACAGUUCAAUGGUUCUGAAUCCCAAAAAUCAAAAAACUCAAAAACAUGGCAAUAUGGGUAUCAAAUUAAAGCUGUUGACGAUCUGAAUAAGGUUCAAGUGUUUUCAGAUUUUAAAAUUAUCUGUAAUUCUGAAAAAUCUCUUCUCCAUAUUCCAAAAUUUCCAGGUCGCUACAGUGUCUCCGCUACCAAGUACUACGUGGAUAAUCGUAUCGAUGGGGAGCACUAUGAAAACGUUGUUCCAGAACAAAUAGAAGACACAAUACAAGAGAGGGGGGCAGAGGAAGUGGAUCCAUUUGCCGUGGAGCGAGAAAUGAGAAAAAUGACAAAGAUGCAUGCGGCGAAAACUCAAAUUUUGGAAGAUGAGGAUCCUUUGAAGGGCUUAGAGACUAUGAUGCUCAAGGACCAGGAAAGAAGAAGGAAUGAUGAGGUGCCAGAAGAAGAGAAAUUAUCAAUUGAAAUUGAUAAAAAUGGAAGAAAAUAUGAGGCACGAGAGACCACUUAUAGAGGGAAGAAAACUACCGUAAACCUUUACAACAAAAAUUUAUACGGACACGACCUUAUGAGAUUCCCUGGGGCGAUUUUUGAUGAUCGCAUCGAUGAGCCAAGACGAAAAUCGGAUAAAAGAAGGGCGGUGGCGUCGAGAAUUGUGCUUUCAGAUGAUGAAUUUCAUCACAUCAAUCCCUCUUCCCCACGUCUUCGAAAAGUGCUUGCCGGUGUGACAACAAAUGUGAAAACCGGAAAAAAUAUGUUCAUCGAUCAGAAACUUCAAAAAACUACGGAAGACGUCGAAUCUGUGUGUUAUAAUACCAAAAAGAAUACAGGGAUUACGAAAAUUUCUCCAUUGGAAACUGAUGAUAAUUUUUCCAAAUUAGAGUGUCUGACCAAGUGUGCAAGGUCCCCCACCUGCUAUGCCGCCACUUACAGCACACCACUUGCCACAUGUGCAAUGUAUGGACAAUUUCAGAAUCUGGCGUCGCACGUCUUCAGAAGUCAAGGAUCUAGUUUACAUAGAAAACUGUCAAAAAGUACUCUGAGAUGUGUUAGAAUGUUUGUUUCAAGGGAAGAGUUUGGAAUAGAAGAAGAAGAAGAGGAAAGUGCCCCUCCAUUCCUGCGUCUCGUCGAAAAGGACAUCAUCUCUCCGGCCUCCCCAUCCAACACACUCUCCUCCUCCUCCACCACCCUCCUCUUCUCUCAACGCGCCAAAUGUCCAACUGGCCAAGAUGUCAUUUUCGUAAGAUCUGAUGACGUAGAAGCUUCCAAUUCAAAUUCCAAAUACGUGGAAAUCACUGAAGACGACUGUGUCUUCGCCUGCCUCACAAAUUCCCGUCCAGGGGGCGGAGCUUCGGAUUGCUCAGCUUUAGAAUACGAUAAGACACGUGGAUUUUGUUAUUUGAUGGGGAAUAUACCUAAUGAUGAUAUGGCAAUGACACCAAGGCCAAGGAAUCCGGUGAACAGUUAUGAGAAGAUUUGUAUUCGGCAGUCCUCCGCUAACAAAUGUUCGGGAGGGCAGCCAAUUCGACACCGUCAAAAAGUGCUAAUUGGUCAUUUAGUAGACGCUCAUUCCGUUGGAUCCGCCGCCGAAUGUCUCGAUUUGUGUAUUGAAAAACAUACAAUUGGAUGUGUGAGUGUGAUGUUUUAUGCAAAGGAAUCCACACUAAAUUGUAUUCUAAAUGACUCCACGAAUUUGGAAGAUCCAGCGUCGUUUUUUGAUGAAAAUGCGACUAUUGUGGAUUUCUUCUCUAUUCAGGAUUGUUUGGGAAUUCGAGAAGUGAACCGGAGAGCUAAAAAGAGAAAAUCCCAAAAUCGAAUCGAAAAACUGGCUAGAUUGAGGAGAAAAAUGGCAAGGAUCUAA